AAAAAGUGAUAAGCAGCAGGCAGCUUCUGGGUUUUGCUUUCAAGCUCACUCCUGCUGAAUCGGCUUGAGUGUGUGUGUAUGUAUGUGUGUGUGUGUGUGAGAGUAUGGGGCGUUCACUCUUUCUCCUGCCACAGUAGCAACACAUUGCAGCAGCGUCGGCCCCCGAACAAAAGGCUAAACGCAGCAGAGCCACAGGAGGAGAAACUCAGGGAUAGAAGCAGACAGAGUGGCCCAGCGUGACUGCACUUCUCAGGGGGGAGAAACUCAGACUGCCAUUUAUCCUUCCUGGUUACGGAGUGGAGACUCUAGACCUGCCCAGACUGCCUGUCUGUCUCUCUGAGCUGAGGAAAACACCCUGUUAGUGUUUUGUCUUUUACUUACUAUACACUUCAGCCUCUGUAAUCCUUCACUGAGAUUCCUGCACCUGCCCCUUCAUCACCUGGCCGUCUUUCCUUUCCAUCCACCUGCCCCCUAAGAGAUGUCAGACGAUGACUGCCGCUCGCCCAUCGGCCUGGACUGUUGCAGUUGCUGCCUGGACCUGGCCAAUGGCUGUGAUGACUCCAUGGCCACUAGUCCAACUCAGGGCCUGCCAGGGAGCCCCACCAGCCCCAGUGUCAACCACUUCCGCCAGCUCCGCAGCCAGCUGAUGUACCAGAACCUGAACACGGACAAGCUGAACAACAUCAUGAGGCAGGACUCCCUGGAAUCCGUGGUGAGGGACCCCUGCUUCCUGCUGAACGAGGGGAUCUGCAACAGCAACAUUGACCAGACCAUGCUAUCUAUACUGCUCUUCUUUCACAGUGCCUCUGGUGCUAGCGUUGUGGCCAUCGACAACAAGAUUGAACAGGCGAUGGAUCUUGUCAAGAACCACCUGAUGUACGCGGUGCGUGAGGAGGUGGAGAUCCUCAAAGAGCAGAUCAAGGAGCUGGCGGAGAAGAACAACCAGCUGGAACGGGAGAACCACCUGCUAAAGAACCUGGCCAGUCCGGAGCAGCUGGAGAAGUUCCAGUCCCGCAUCCCGACGGACGCGCUGCUACCCCUGGACAAUCUGAGCGCUCAGAUGACCCCAGACCAACACCAACACCAGCAGCAGCAGCAGCAGCAGCAGCAGCAGCAUCAGCCCUGCAGCCUCAGCGCUGGCUCUGCUGUAUAAGUGGCUCUGCCUUGGGGCGGGCAGAGCCACUGUCUCUUUACAGUAAUGGACCUCCAUUUGAACGUAAGCGUUUCAAAAAUCGCCGCCGCCGAGAACCCCUUCGCACCAGUGAAGGUGAAGCAUCGGGGCUGUACAUGACCGAUGGGACACAAAAGACCUGUUGACACUGACAAGCACAAAACAGAACUUAAGACGCUCUGACCGGUGCGGUGUCAGGCCCCGGCCUCCGAUACCGUCCGACUCUUUCUCGUAGUCUCUCUGUGUAGACAAAAGCGCUGAGAAAUAGAGAGAGGGCUGACUAGGCACCGACGAGGGCUUGCUUCCAGACGGCAUACCCGCCGAGCUGAACCCCGUCCAACAAACACCCUUUGCUCUAGAGAGUGGGGGGUGAGGAGGUGUUGAUCGGGCUGGCCCUGCAGGUGCUGACUUGGAAAGUGUCGUGGAGCUUUGCUUUCCCCCGCUCACCCAGAGGAGACCCGUCUAAAGCGGUCCUCCAUGUCUCAACGAGAAGAGCCCUACAUGUGGAUUUGGUUUCCAGGACCUCCCCCCCCAGCCACACAGUUCAUCCACAUAACGAGGACUUUUCCUGUUCCUACAAUGUAUUGCUCAUGUGUUUAUGUACAUCUAAGCAAAACGAUAAUAAUCAUCAGGAUAAGCUAUAAGGCAACAGAGGUGGAGGUUAACGCAGUAUAGCCGAUUAGAGCUGAUGGACUGCUGCAGUAGACUGUGCAGUAUACUGUAAUGAUUCAUGAAAUGUAAUCUUGCAUUGCCAACAGUUGGGGCUUGCUGCUUAUGGGGGAAAUUAAUCCUGCUAUAUCUUCUGUUUUUGUUUGUGAUUCUGAACAAAAAUCAGUUGUUUGUUUAAAAAAAAAAAAAAAAAAAAAAAAAAAAAAAGCAUUUGUACAUUGGUCCUUAAAGACUAUUAUUGUAAUCUUGGAGGACAGGCAUAUGUGCCCUCUUUUGCUCCUCACAGUAAAGGGUUAACUACAAUGUACAUAAAAUCUGAAACGUCCUGAGAUGAACGUAGUGGAGAUGGCGAACACAACCCAAAGCCACCAUUUGUUGCUGCAGAUGCACUCCUGAUUUUAGCAGCGUCGUCCAGUAUCUGGUCUGUUACUUGCUCAGAUGCCGACUGGAAAACAAUGGCAUGACAACAGUGCCUGUCCUUUAGUAAGAGAGGAACACAUUUCCACGCCGAGCUCUGUUGUUGUUGUUGUUGUUUAGCUACCAAAGACUUUUUUUUUUCCCCCCUUUUUUUUUUUUUCCAUUUUUUUUUUUUUUUUUUUCUUCCUCACAACAACUGAAGCUGAGCAAACCAGGACCAUGUGUGAAACUUCACAGGGAGAAGACUUGUUUGUAGCUAGUGCUAGAGUUUUUUAUGUGUUUUGUAAAGAUAACGGUAUUGUUGCUGUAACGUAUCCUCGAAAGAGUUGUUCACUAUGGUGUUUGGAUACAACUGCACAUUUGCAAUAAACCUUAUGUUUACAUAAUA